GUGGCUCAAGUGGUAGAGCAAUUCCCUAGCAAAAAUGAGGUCUUGAGUUCAAACCCCAGUACCAAAAAUUAAAAGCCACCAGACAGGGUCACUCUGCAACAUCUGCUCUGCUCAGGGAUGCCCUGUGGGGUUCACAGCUAGGCUGGGGGUGAGGUUCUACCUCCAGACACCGAGGAUAUCAGGGCCAAGGAGAAAGUUGGGCUGGGGGUGUGGAAUACAGGAUGCUGUGUCCCCCAUUCUGUGUUUGUGGUGUGGGCAGAGCAGCCAACCCAUACCAGCCUGGGGAGCUUCUCUGGAGGGGCAGGUGGUGAUGAGGCCCCUCGUUGUGCCUGCCCAGCCUCCACCAGCAGUGAGCCUCUCACCUCCUCCCUUUGCCCCACCCCGGUGGCCGCUCAUCCCCAGGCCUUUCCCGGGGAAGUGUCCAUGAAGAGGCUUGAGAUAAUAGCUCUUUGUGCCUUGCCUGUCAGCACCCAUCAUUGCUCCCAGGCUGAGGCCAGCUCUGCGUGCACCUGCCCAUCAGUGCUGAGGGCCCUUAUCCAGGCUGGCCUGGAGGGUGGCAGGCUGGUUGGGAGUGGGGGGGGGGGCAAUGCAGUCCUGGGUUAUGCUCAUUAUCUCUGAUGCUCUCGGGUGCACAGACUCAGGGAGCUGCUGACCAGACGCUGUUCUGAGCUGCUGCACGUUUUAAGGGCUUUAGGCCUCGUGACAAUGUGGCUGCCAUCACACGCAUUUUACAGCUGAAGAAAAUGAGGUGCAGAGUGUCCCAGCUCAGGUGCAUCUGAGAAGCCCCCCACCUUUCUGUGGCCUCACCCUUGGGCUCCCAUGGCCUGACAGGGAUGACAGCUCCCACUCUUAUGGUUCUGGUGCUGGUGCUGCCCGCAGGGGCCUGGCCGGGCUUGGGGCUGCCCAGGCGGCCCUGUGUGCAUUGCUGCCGCCCAGUCUGGCCGCCUGCUGUCGUCCCCCACCCACGCCCGGGUGAGCGGGGGGUCCCAUGGGAGGAGUCGCCCCGUGUUCGGCCCACCAUAGACAUCACAAUCCUUAAAGGUGAGAAAGGCGAGACAGGCAUCAGAGGUCGUUCGGGAAGGAGCGGGAAGGAGGGUCCACAGGGUUUUCGAGGCUGGCCGGGCCACAAAGGCCAGAAGGGGCAGGCAGGGCCCCCAGGUGCCCUGUGCAAGCACAGUUAUGCGGCCUUCUCAGUGGGCCGUCGCGAGGGGCUGCACAGCACUGAUGGCUUCCAGGCAGUGCCCUUUGACACUGAGCUGGUGAACCUGCAUGGUGCCUUUGACCUGGCCGCUGGCCGCUUCCGCUGCAAGGUGCCUGGCAUCUACUUCCUGAACCUGCAUGUGCACACCUGGAACUACAAGGAGGCCUACCUGCACAUCAUGCUGGACCAGCAGCCCACGGCUGUGCUGUAUGCGCAACCCAGCGAGCGCAGCGCCAUGCAGGCUCAGAGCCUCCUGCUGCCGCUGACCACAGGCCGCACUGUCUGGGUGCGCAUGUUCCACCGUGACCGGGACAGUGCCAUCUACGGUGAGCCCGGGGAUCUCUACAUCACCUUCAGUGGCCACCUGGUCACGCCAGCAGCUGAGCUGUAG